CAUUUUUCUCUUGAUUUAAUCUUUGGUACUUACUGCUAUAUCUUUUGUGUUUUACUCAGUCUUUUUGUACUCAUAUUGGUGUUUUUAAUUUUCUUUUCUCAAAGUAUUUUGUUGCACUGAUUUUGUAACAAGUCUGCUAAUUUCCAAAAUCUCCUAUAUUGCAUUGAAGGAUUAGUUUCCCUUAAUUAUUACUCAUCAUUUGAUUAAACUUUAGAGCUAAAUACACUUGUAGUAAUAUGCAUAGGUGAAACACUGAAACUAUAGUUUUAUAGAUACUUGAUUGUUAUGUAAUAUGCAUAGGUGAAACACUGAAAUUAUAAUUUUUUCCCCUUAAAAAUACAUGUAGAGGAAAAAAUAAUUUAAAGAAAAAUUGAUUGAUGUGUUAUUAUUCUCCUACUAUCUUAUUUUUUGAUCUUAUUAUUACAUGUUGUUUUCCUUACUUCGGUUAUCGUAUUAUUUGUUGUUGUUAUUGUUCUAUUCUCCAUUAUUUCCAACAUGGGUUUUUUACUACUGCCUUUCCUUUCCAUACUUGAUUUGUUUAUGCGUUUUUUGAGCCGAGUCUCUAUCGGAAACAACCUCUCUACCUUCACAAGGUGGAGGUAAGACUGCGUACACAUCGCUCUCCCCAGACCCCACUUCGGGGAUCAUGCUGUGUAUGUUGAUGUUGUAGUAGUUUUCUUUUGGACAUUAAUUAUGUCUUGCAAAUCUAAGUUUGACUACUAUUCCCUCCGAUUUAACCACUUAACCUUUAUCACACUCCUUAAGAAAAUAUUAACUUCUAGAAUAAAGUAGGUAUUUUUCUUGAUUACAUCAAUUCACUGGUCUUCAUUUUUGUUGAGAACUUGCAAUCCAUUUACUUGAUUUUGUGAUAUUAUGGACAAAACAUUAACAUCUGUGUGGCCACUCAAUCCAAAUUUAUUUUCAUCUUCACCUUUUGCUGCCUUGUAAUGGCUAAACCGUAAAAAACAUCUGGAGUAUUUAGUGGAGUAUCUUUCCUUUAGUUAAAAAGUUUUUUCUUGACCAGGACCAAAAGUGCACCCUUUUUGCAAAGAUAAAGGACCAUUUAUGUUCAGCCUUAUAUAAUAGGGACUUAAAUGAACCUGCUAUUUAAAGUUAAAGGACUAUUUAAACUGUUUUCUCAAGCUGUUUACCUACUGUAUGUUAUAUGCUUUACCCAUUUUGUUUGCUGAUACUCAUAUUUGUGUUCUUCUCUUAGUAUUCUUUUGCAGUGCUUUUGCAGCUUGUUGCCCAUCUGCUAUUGAAAGCUUUCAGAUCAUAUUUGCGAAGUACAAACGAGAAUACAGUAGACAUGGCUUAUGCAAGUGUGGCUUCUCUCAUGAGAACAAUUGAACUUCUCUUGACAUCCUAUUGGUCAUCGCAAUCUCUAAUCUGUGAUCACAGAGAAGAAUUUUUGCGUCUUCAUGAAAAAUUGGAAGUAUUUCUCAAGAACUUUGAGAAAAGCAAUGUUUCUGGGGAAAUGACAGAUUUGGAAGCAAAGGUAAAAGAAGUUGCAAAUGAUGUUGAAUACACAAUUCAACUGAGACUAACAGAAACUGUAAAGGGACAAAAUAAAAGCCAGAAAAGAAAGGCACGUCGAAGGUUCCGUCAAAGCCUGCAACGGAUAGCAGGGGACAUUGACCGUGUCUUGAAAGAGUCAACAAAGAUUCAAGAUAAAGGCAAACAUGCAUCCAAGAAAUCAUUGGUUCAAGAUUUUUCAAGUUCAGCAAAAGAUAUUCUUAAUGUUAAGAACAAUAUGGUUGGACGUGAUGAUCAAAGGAAAAGGUUGUUAGAAGAUCUGACCAGAGGCUACUCUGGUGAAACCAAAGUCAUUCCAAUCAUCGGGAUGGGAGGCAUUGGAAAAACAACUUUAGCAAAAGAAGUUUACAAUGCUGAGUGCAUUCGUUCUCGUUUUGAUGUCCGUGCCUGGGCUACUAUAUCUCAACAGCACAAUGUAAAGGAAAUCUUGUUGAGCCUUCUGCGUUCUACAAAGGGUGACUCAUUUAACAUGGACGAUGAGCAAGAGCUCGCAGACAUGCUACAAAAAAGUUUAAAGAGGAGGAGAUAUUUAAUUGUGUUGGAUGACAUGUGGAGCGAUAAAGCAUGGGAUGACGUGAGGCAAUGCUUUCCGAUUGAAAACAAUGAGAGUCGAAUACUGUUGACUACCCGUAACACUAAAGUAGCUAAUUCUGCUGGUACAGAGAAUCAUUCUUUGGAGAUGGGUUUCAUGGAUCCGGAUGAGAGUUGGAACCUUUUUGGAAGUAUUGCAUUUGCAAAUGAAGCAUUAACAUCUGAGUUUGAGUCUAUUGGGAAGCAAAUUGUUGACAAAUGUCACGGGUUACCACUAACUAUUGUCGUGAUUGCUGGGCUUCUGUCCAAAUCAGAAAAGACAAUAGAAGAUUGGGAAAGUGUUGCAAAAGAUGUCAAGUCAUUUGUCACAAAUGAUCCAGAUAAACAAUGUUUGCAUUUGCUCGCAUUGAGUUACAAUCACUUGCCCAAUCACCUAAAAGCAUGUCUUUUGUAUUUUGGUACUUUUCCAGAAAACAGUGAGAUUCCAGUGAAGAAAUUAUUGAGAUUAUGGAUGGCGGAGGGUUUUCUGAAGCCGGAAAAAGAUUUGGAAGGGGAGGCUGAGAAGUGUGUACAAGAUUUUGUUGACAGAUGUCUUGUUCUCGUCAGCAAGAAAAGUAGGGAUGAAUCAAAAAUUAAAUCAUGUAAGGUUCAUGAUCUAAUACAUGAGUUGUGCUUGAGAGAAGCUAAAAGCCAAAAUAUUUUUGUCAUAAAAGACAUUGCAUAUGAUGUCCGUGGUUCUUAUAGGGCCCUUCUUACCCCUGGACAUCAUCAUUUGGUAAGGAGGCAGACAGAUGAUGAAGACAACAAUCUCUUGAAUCAAACUCGUUCUGUUUUCUUUCUUUCUUUUACAAUUUUUACUCUUGAACCAACGCUUAAUCAUUUCAAUUUACUCAGAAUCUUGGACUUGAGCCGCCCAUUGAUCGAAAACUUCCCUCCUGAGAUACUGUGCCUCAUUUGGUUGAGGUACCUUGCAAUGUACGGGAAUUUUCACAUACCUUCAGAAAUUUGCAGGUUAUGGAAUCUUCAAACAUUCAUUGUUAAAAGUUAUGAUUGGGCAUCUAGAAAUGUUUCAGAGACAAUUUGGGAACUGAAGCAAUUAAGGCAUCUGGAACUCAGAACAUUUUAUUUGCCAAAUCCCCCAAGUGUAUCUGUUGGUGAAGAGAGAGACUUAUAUUUUCCAAACAUACAAACUAUUUCUGAUUUGUCUCCAAGUAGUUGCACAAAGGAGGUUAUUUCAGGGAUUCAGAAUGCUAAAAAGUUAGAAAUCUUUGGAGAUUCAGAUGACUAUAAAAGUUGUAAAGAAUCUAGACUUGUCGAAAAUCUUGUCCAUCUACAUCAACUUGAAAAAUUGAGUUUUUCUGGACCAUUACAGACCAUUCCAAGUGCAAAAGCUUUUCCAGCAACGCUCAAGAAGUUAAAGUUGGAAGAGACUUUUCUACUGUGGGAGGACUUGAACAUCAUAGGUGAGAUACCUAACCUUGAGGUGCUGAAGCUCUUAGAUGCUUGUCGGGGCCGAGAAUGGCAUCCAAUUGCAGAUGGAUUUACUCGAUUGAAGCUUUUGCUAAUUGACGAUUGUCAUCUCAAGUACUGGAAAGCCACGAAUGACAAUUUUCCUGUCCUUGAGCGCCUUCUGAUUAGCUUCUGCAGAUCUUUGAAUGAGAUACCCAUUGAGUUUGCAGAAAUUGACUCACUGCAGCUAAUUGAGUUAGAUUGGUGUGAACCCAAACUCGAGGCUUCUGCUGCACGAAUUCAAAAAGAACAAGUAGACCUCGGAAACAAACCCGUGGAUGUUCGCAUCUCCAAUACUCGUAAGUAUAUAAAUACUCUCGAACCAACGCUUAAUCAUUUCAAUUUACUCGGAAUCUUGGACUUGAGCUGCACAUUGAUCAAAAACUUCCCUCCUGAGAUACUGUGCCUCAUUUGGUUGAGGUACCUUGAAAUGUACGGGGAUUUUCACAUACCUUCAGAAAUUUGCAGGUUAUGGAAUCUGCAAACAUUCAUUGUUAAAAGUUAUGAUUCGGCAUCUAGAAAUGUUUCAGAGACAAUUUGGGAACUGAAGCAAUUAAGGCAUCUAGAACUCGGAACAUUUUAUUUGCCAAAUCCCCCAAGUGUAUCUGUGGGUGAAGAGAGACACUUAUAUUUUCCAAACAUACAAACUAUUUCUGGUUUGUCUCCAAGUAGUUGCACAAAGGAGGUUAUUUCAGGGAUUCGAAAUGCUAAAAAGUUAGAAAUCUCUGGAGAUUCAGAUGACUAUAAGAGUUGUAAAGAAUCUAGACUUCUCGAAAAUCUUGUCCAUCUACAUCAACUUGAAACAUUGAGUUUUCGGGGACCAUUACAGAUCAUUCUAAGUGCAAAAUAUAUUCCAGCAACGCUCAAUAAGUUAAAGUUGCGUGGAACUAAACUAAGGUGGGAGGAGUUGAACAUCAUAGGUGAGAUACCUAACCUUGAGGUGCUGAAGCUGAAAUGGAAUGGUUGUGAGGGCGGAGAAUGGCAUCCAAUUGCAGGUGGAUUUACUCGAUUGAAGCUUUUGCUAAUUGACGAUUGUGAUCUCGAGGACUGGAUAGCCGCCGAUGACAAUUUUCCUGUCCUUGAGCGCCUUGUGAUUAAAGAAUGCGGGUAUUUGAAAGAGAUACCCAUUGAGUUUGCAGAAAUUGACUCACUGCAACUAAUUGAGUUAAUUUGUUGUGAAACCAAACUCAACGCUUCUGCUGAACGAAUUCAACAAGAACAAGAAGAACUCGGAAACAAACCCGUGGAUGUUCGCAUCUCCAAUCCUCUUUUUCCUCUAUGGGGGAAGAUGAGCGUGAGGAAGAUGAGAUGAGGAGGUAAUUGAUAAUGAUGACGACGGCGAUGGAAGAAUUGUUCAGAUUUGUCAUGAAUAGUACCAACUUAAUAUUGUUCAUAGUGUAAAAAGAAUGGAUAUUUGUUCUUACUUUCAGUUAAGGAGAUAAGAUCUUGUAUCAUCAUUUUUAUUUGUUUUGCUGAUCUACCAUUCAAAGUUUAGUUUCCUUUCUAUUUUUUUAAGCUUAAAAGGAAAAUAGCACUUGUAGAUUCUGUUAAACA